AAAAGGCAGCACCGGAGGAGACGAUACGGAUCAUAAUCCAUAGACCCUGCAGUUCCUGUGGUUCACCUGCGAGAUAUUUUCCAUCUUCCUGGCAGCACCACCCUUUUUACAAGAGGCAGCACCGGAGGAGACGAAACGGAUCAUAAUCCAUAGACCCUGCAGUUCCUGUGGUUCACCUGCGAGAUAUUUUCCAUCUUCCUGGAGGGUUCCCAGCCCUGCCUCCUCGUCCUCGGUGGGCCAUAUGAAGUGAACCCACGCAAUAAAGAAGAAAUCCCUCGAAUCGAAGCCCUACCUCCCGCAAAAUUAACACAUAGAAAAAUCAAUAAUCUCAUUGCAAUUAUAAACCCUAGGUCGGACUUCUUCUUAGUUCUUACUUUUGAAAUCACACGCGGUCGAUCCAACCUCGCCCCCCAUUCUGCCUUUCUACGAGGGAACGAGUGAUCAAGAUUGAACGUUGUCUCGUGAUGGUUUGUGGACGAGCGUGACCCUGAGGAGACAGUCGUCGAUUUGUUGGAAAGAAACUUCUUUUUCUCUUCCUCGCAUGCAUUUCCAUCUUCGAGUUUGCUUGUAUUUUCCUUGAUUUGUGGGAGACCGUGAAAGAUGAUCGCUUAAAGGUGGAAAAAGCCAUAAAUGCGAGUGGGUGCGUGUGGGUUUCUCUUCAAUUCAAUUCCAUCUUCAUCUACAUCUUCUUCUCUUAACGACUAAGUAUUGUUAGUCUCUUGGGGUUAUUUAAAUGCUUUCAUUUUGGUACCCGACAUAAUCCGCGUUUUGCAGUGCUUAAUUUGAUCGAAAAAAGUCUCUGACCGGCGGAGUAUGGAGUUUUAUGCAUACCCAUCUCGGUCUUCUUCCUUCUCAUUUGGGAAUUUGGUCGGAAGGGUGAAAGAAGCUUUCAGCUUUGCUGUUUCUGCUGUUCUUGGGAACGUAUUCUCCGCGAUCUUCACUUUCUUCUUCGCACUAGUUGGGACCUUGCUAGGAGCUAUGACAGGGGCUUUGAUAGGCCAAGAGACAGAGAGCGGAUUCAUUCGAGGGGCUGCCGUUGGGGCCAUAUCUGGGGCUGUAUUCUCCAUCGAGGUGUUUGAAUCUUCUCUUGUUCUCUGGCAAUCAGAUGAGUCCGGGAUUGGAUGUCUCCUCUAUUUGAUUGAUGUCAUUGCUAGUCUUCUUAGCGGUAGACUUGUCCGAGAGCAGAUAGGCCCAGCCAUAAUGAGUGCAGUGCAAAGUCAGAUGGGUGCUGCGGAGACGAGUUUUGAUGAGAUCCCCAACAUAUUUGACACUGCUGAAGCCAAGGGUUUGCCCGGAAGUUCAGUUGAAAAGAUCCCAAAGAUGAAGAUAACUGGCAGUAACAAUGUUGAUGCUUCUGGAGAAAGAGUUUGUUGCUCAGUAUGCCUUCAGGACUUUCAGCUGGGAGAGAUUGUUCGAUGUCUACCUCAAUGUAACCAUAUGUUUCAUCUGCCUUGUAUCGAUAAGUGGCUCCUUGGGCAUGGUUCAUGCCCAUUAUGCAGAAGAGAUAUGUAAUGUUUUACUUUUUCUUGUAAAUUACAAUCAAAAUUAGUUCUUUUAUUAUUCAUUAGUUCUAAUUUUUAUUUUUUUCCCCAUUUUGUUCACUUAAAUAUUUGGUACCUUGCCCUGCGUAGUUGGUUUUGACUUUUGAGUUUGCCGCAUCAUGAGUUGGACAAUCAUUGUACUUUACUAGUGUUUUUUUGCAUCUUGAGUUGGACAAUCUUGUACUUUACUAGUGUCUGUAUAAAAAUUGAAUUGAGAUCUUUACACUGUAAAA